AGCCUCAUGAACUAAUUUCCCACACCCCGUCUAUAUUCGCUACCGCUGCGCUAGUAGUGUUUCUUUAGCUUAUGACUAAACUCGAUCCACCAAAACUCUCUAUCCCAUGCGUUCUUCGCAACCGAGCCAGAACCAGCGCAGACAGCAGGGCCCGCGCAGGCCGUCCUCGCCGUCCGCCGGGAACAAUCGGCGCGACCGCCCGCUGCUGAAUCCAUCUGACCAUGCUGCCUCACAACAACAGCAGCAGCGACCGCCCAGCCGAGUAAGUAAUAAUCCGGAACUCUACGUGCAAAAGACCAAGCAAGAGUGGAUCCGGACCGCGGGGUCCGAACCCGUGCUCUCCAUCGCCUUGCCCGCCCUCGACGGCACGAACGAAAAUGCGGGCCACGCGUUCGAUACUUUCGCAGCAACGAGUAGUAGAGACAAUUCGCCGGCCAGUUCAAGGAAUUCCUCUUCCAGCAACCUCCUUAAUAUCGGAACAAGAGGAGCAGGAGGAGCGGACAACAACUACGACCAGCAGGGGUCGCGGGGCAAUCAUGAAGAGCAGAACUCCUCCAGCACCAGCCCGUCGAGCUCCUCGUCGCGACCCGGUAGGACCUGUUUAGACCGGUGGAUGAAGUACCUGGUGGAUCCGAGGAGAACCUGCCACUUGCUGAUCGUCCACGUGCUGGUUUGUUGCUUCAUUCCCGGCCCGUAUUUCUUCGACAGCUUAUUUGGUGCGUACAAGGUAUGGAUGUGUCAGGUUUGAAAUCGUCAAAGUUGAAAGAGUUUGCGAUGAAUAAAAUGCAAGGCAUGAAGUGCCUGUCUUGCCGGGAUGGCAAGUGAGGCGGAUCGUAAGCCUGUUUGGGGUCUGCGAUAGAGCUGCUAAAGUAGCAUGACAAAAGACGCCUUCUGUGCCUAAACAGCAUGACAAACUGGAUUUAGACGGUGCCGAAAUUUCUCAUGCACCGCUUCGAAAUUGUGCUUCCAACUGGUAUCGAUUUUAUGCAUGACAAAUCAUUUCAAAUUUGUCGAUUUCAAUCCUGACACCCCCAUACAAGGAGGAUUUGCAGCUCGCGAUGAACAUCAACAACACCAAGUACUCCCUCAUCCUCGUAUUGAGAGGAAAAAUCCCCCCUCCCCAUAUCGAAACGAAGUUUCUCAUGCUGGAUUUGCGUACACAAAUCAGAUCUGUCUUGCAGAAAGUGCUUGGCGGCAUUUUCUCAGCUUGUUUGGGUAUGCAGAAGGCUAGCAAUUGCGCAUGACAAACAGGCUUGCAGUAGUCGAAAGCGCAUGACAGACUUGCUCUGGAAUGCGUCAAAUGGCUCCUAUGAUCCUAUAUACAAGACAAAGAUGAUUUGUGACCACACAAUCAGCAUCUAAAUUGUUGUGAUGUCUUUCAGGUUUGUAUGUUGUUUCAUCCACGGAUAGAACUACAAAUUAACACCAGCCGCAUUACAAAUUCAUGUCCUGAUCGUGUUUACAGCAGCACAAAUCCCCAAACACGAUUGCAAAUGCCUAUCCGGGGGAUGCGCAUCGCAGAUGUUCUUGUCAUUGCAGCAAAUUUGCAUGACAACUCGCGUCCUAUCCUCUUUUUUUUUUCCCCUUAACUGAAAGAAUCUCUUCUGGUUUUUUGGCUACGAUUUUCCUCUUGUUCCUGAGAGACCGUUAAGCGUUUUUUCUUCCUCUAGCCUGCGCCUCUGAUUCUCUGUUGUUUUUUCGCUUUUUUCGCAUCGUUGAUGAUUCCUUUGGCUUUUGUCGAGUCUUAAGCAUUUUCUCCCUAGGCCGCUUUACUUGCGAUUGAUAGCCCCUCGCGCCCUUGCUAGCUAGUGAGCCCCUAAGUAAGUUUGUCGCUUUUCUCAUCGUCUGGCCCAUUACAUAUUUGCCCUCGUAGUCUAAUGGCCUCCGCUUCAUAAUCCCAGCCCUAGUACAUGCUCUGUUUCUCUCGUGCCCAAAUUUUCUCCUGCUUACGUGGUGGGUUUCCCUCCUAUCUUUCAACAAAUACAGACCGCGGCCUUUGUUUUUUUUUCAACCUUGCAUUUUUUGGAUUUUUUCAACCAAACAAAAAAGCAGGUCGCAACAGGGAGAGGGAUCAUGACUAGCCACGUAGAUGUCGUUGAACAUCCGGCAGGAAAAUCCCAACCCUGCAAGCCCGGGCGACGUGGUAAGGCAGACGGGAACGCCCAAUAUACCUUCACUAGAUCGCAUGCAAACAGGCCUCGGCACCUGUUUGCAUAUCGGUCGACGUGAGCACCGCGGCAGCAUUAAGGUCAAAAUGAAAACUAGGAAUGAGAUUCAUCGCAAGUUUAGUAGCCAAAACAAACUGCCGCCAUAAAAAAAAAAAAAAUCAGCAUCACAAAUUUCCGUUUUGAUAUGGGGAGGGGGGAUUUUUCAUUUUGAUAUCUCGCCACGGGCUCGCUUUCCGCGGUGCUCUCCGGCCCGGCGGGGUUUCUCGUGCGGAACUGGGGCAUUUCGAAAUCCUGUCUCCUCUUCGGGUCCAUGGUCUGUCUCGGGUCCUUCCUACUAAUCGCCGCCAUCCAGUAUGAGGUGUACUUCCUCUCCAUCCUCGGCCGGGUCCUGUUCUGGGCGGGGAUUUGCACCACCGGGGUGGUGCAGGUGGUGGUCGUGUUUCUGCUCUUCAGCAAAAAGUACGCCGCGAUCGCGCAGGCGGGAGUGUUGGCGGCGUGCCGGAUCGGCGGGACCAUGGGCUACAUCUUGGCCGACCCUUUGAAGCAGUACUUCGCCGACCCAGAUGCGGACAUACACACCAACAACCCGGCGUUUUUGAAGGCGCUGAAAUAUCGCGAGGAAAAAUGCCCCCACCCCAGAUUUGUCAUGCAAAUCUGCAUACCAAAAAAGUUUCUCAUGCGGAGCCCCAUGUGAAGCAUUUUCUAGUCGUGUUUCGGAAGUUAUGAUGCUACAAUCAGCAUUACAUGCUAGAUCUGUGAUGCUGCUGACCUACCUAGAACAGGACUACACUACGAGGACAAAUUUGUCAUGCGAAACAACCAAAGCUGGUUGAUUUGUCUAGCGGAUUUCCCAGUUUGACUCUGGUGUGGGGACAUUUUUACUCAGGAUAUGAAAUUUUCCUUCGUCUUCGUCUGCGUGUCCGGGUGCUGCUACCUGUCCUUCGCGUACCUGUAUAGCGGGACGGAGAUUUCCCGAAAGAUCCGGCCGCUGCUAGCCGCGAGCGGGGGCGGCGGGAAGUAUGGCAGUGACGGGAAUGGCAAGCCGGGGCUGAAAGAUUUGACCGCCUUGUGUUUCAUCCACCAAGCGCUAAUCGGGCUGCUAUACACAGUGGUGUUCGUUUUCGAGUACAACGGCUGUCUGACGUUGCAAAGGGUCGCGGGGGUGUCGGAGAGGUAAAAUCUACUAUUUUGGUUGUCAGUUGUCCAAAACUAGUUUGUCAUGCAAGAAAGCAAGCACGAAAGUAGAAUCUGUCAUGCAAAAACACCAAACGAAAAACCAAACAGCGUCGCCGGUUCCGCGAUCGCGCUGAUUCCCGGAAUCUCCGUUGUCUCCCUCUUCCUGGCCCCGCUGCUCCACACUUUUCAACGCUUGAUCCGGUUUGCUUGCUUCGCGUUCGUGCUGCUCUUCAUCGGUCAGGGCCUGAUCACUUUGAAGGCCUACGACACAGAGUACAACGAUUCUGCUGCGUUUCAGUACAAUAGCGCCGACGUCUCCUGGACAAAUAACAACUUCUUCGAGGAUAAUGUUGAAAACAGCAGUGGCAGUACCAGCAGCAGCUUUUUUGGGACAACAAUGUUGAGUUCCUUCCAAACAAACUCAACCCUCACGACCUCCUCCAUCCACAACGCGCUUCUCCAAAUUCCGCCGUGGGUCUGCUGCGUGAUUCUCGGCAUUGGUUUCGGCUGCUGCGUCGUGCCGCUCUGGACCCUGGUGCCCCACGUGUGCAAAAACAAGGAUUUGGAAGUUUUGCACGUGGGGGGGUGCUACAUGCAGCAGUCCCUGUGGCUGUUUUUCGGAAAUAUCGUGUACGGACACUUGGUGGACGCGACGGGAAACAAUUACUUCAUGAGCCAAUUGUUUUUCACGGUUUUGUGCGUGAUCGGCCUGUUCGGGGUGGUUUUUAUUCACUGCAAGGUGACCCGAGGGGCGGACCGGGACGAGAGCAAUGGUAGCAGUAGUGGUGAUUUGAGACUGACAUCAGAUAACCCGGAAGGUUCAACAUGCUCCACCUCCGAACACGUCCCGCGGUACCAGCCCCCGCCCGGCGCGGAAUCCGUUGCGGAAUUGCUGGUAGUCCCCGGAACCGCUGCUGCUGCACAAGCUUCCACCUCUUCGAACCCGAGAGGAAGCCCGAGUCGUUCUUCCCCAGGUACUAAAGGUAUUAGCAGUACAAAUAACGCGAGAACUUCUCCGAGUUCCUCCUCCUCCGUCACCACUCUGAGUCAGCCGCCGAGAACGAACUCCAACGCGGAUUCGGUUUCGCUUGUCGCGGAAGACGAGGAUAAGAAUUCCAUCGCGCAGCUGUCCACUUUGUCUUCCUUCGCGCUCGGCAGCGACGACGGGAAGCGGUCUGUUGUGAGUUCGUCCUCUCCGACGACGUCAUCUGCGGAGAAGGCAAAUCGGGUGGACGAGAUAAAUCUGAACGAGAACGAUGAGCCUCCGGCCGAUGUAACCAUGCAGGACACGAUGGUUGCCCCGGAUUUCAGUACGAACACCGCGGCUGUUGCGUACCAGCAGGACACAAGGGUAAGGAUCCUGGAAGCGAUAUCGCUCGAUGGGUGCAUUGAGAACAGGAACUCAGCGGGCACCUCCGCUGCGGGAGUAAGUAGUUCGAGUGCUGCCAGUGCGGGGCCGUACCAGAAACCUAGUGCAACCUCCAAUAGAAGCACGAAAAAUAGCAGUAGUAGUAGUCCACAGCAGCCGAAAAGGUGACGAAUAAUGAACGGAAGUUCUCGAAGAUACAACUUUUGCAACGUCUAUAUUCAAAACAAGCAAAGCUUCUUUUUACAUUAUUGGCGUUUCUGCACCCGCUCAGCUUUCAUUUCGUCGGCACAGUGGUCAAUAUGAUUACUAUGUGCCUGUAUUCACGACCACCCUGAAAUCUUCGUACAAAACAGUUUUCCCGUGGUGGUCCUACUCGUCGUUUGUGUUCUAGC